AUGGCAGGACGUGGUAAGGAUCAGAACUGUGAUGUCCUAGACUGCAUCACAGAUGUGCUGGAAACUCUAGUGCAGGAACUUGAUGUGGAGCCGGAAGAGUAUCGGGGACUCAUGGCUUUCCGUAAGAACCACCCGUCGAAGUUCAGUGGGGACUAUGAUCCAGAAGGUGCUAGGUUAUGGUUAGCUGAGACUGAGAAGAUUUUCGAGGCGAUGGGUUGCCUCGAGGAGCAUAAGGUCCCUUAUGCGACGUUCAUGCUCCAAGGAGAAGCUGAGAACUGGUGGAAGUUCGUGAAACCUACAUUAGCAGCACCUGCAGGCGUGAUUCCUUGGAAUGCCUUCAAGGACAAAUUCCUAGACAACUAUUUUCCACGAGAUCUCAGAAAGCGAAAGGCGAGGGAAUUUUUGGAUUUGAAGCAAGGAAACAUGUCUGUUGGAGAAUACACGACCAAAUUUAAUGAACUUCUACAGUACUGGCCUCAAUACAAAGAUGCUCGAAACGAAGAAGACUUAUGUGCUCAGUUUGAGAAUGGGCUUCGACUGGAGAUUCAACAGGCAGUUAGCUACAUGCAGAUCAUAGAUUUCAAUCAACUGGUGACAAAGUGCCGAAUAUUUGAGGACAAGAUGAAAGAGAGGCAAGCCAGAGGUUUUGGAGGACCACAAAGAAGCCACCCUUUUAGAGGAAACAGUAAUAACAGGAUGAAGCCAUAUUCCAGCAACAAGGGGAAACAACCUAUGGCUACGUCCAACAUGAGCCUGUCAAAGGGGACUGGGGUACAGUGCUUUCAGUGCGGAGGACCGCAUCUUAGGAGAAAUUUCCCACAACUCCAGCAGACAUAG